AAACCACAAUAAUAAUGUAUGUUUAAUGCUAAACAGCUAACAAAAAAAAUAAAAAUAAAAACAAAAAAUAUAUAUUUAAAAAUUCCCACUGUGACUGAACUAGUGCUCAAAACUAUGAAAAAGCUUUAACCAAAAGUUACUAUAUGCAAUAAUGCAUGCGGAAAUGCUCCAUUAAUAUCAUCACAUUCUUUUAAUGACUUUGAACAUUUAUACUGAUGACAGCUCACCAAUGUCCACAUCUGAUGUUGAAAGUUUUACAGGCAAAAUCGUUUGUAACAUCGAUGGCAGCUCAUAUAUAAUCGAUGCAGAAAACGCAACAUUAUCGAGUUUAAACGAUAAUUCUUUAAGUGUUGCAGCUAUUUCUGUUACCAAUGAAAAAACUUCAACUUCAAUAUUGCAAACAACGAAAACAUCAUCAUCAAAAUCUAGUGUAAAUUUAAAUAUAAACACUCCACAAACCACAACAACAUUAUCAUCUGCAGCUGCAACAACAACAACAACAGAUGCGUCAACAGCAGCAGCAGCAAAGAGUUUUUGUUUAUCGAGUAAAGAGGACCAGGAACAGGCGCAAAAGCAGCUGCAACAAGCGAUAAAUCCGAAGAUUCAUACAUUUCGUGUUGUGAGCGCAAAUGAUGCCAACAUACAAUUGCGACAGGAAAAUAAUCUAUUCAAAAUACAAAAGCCCAUUUUAAUGUGUUUUAUUUGUAAACUUUCAUUUGGCAUUACCAAAUCAUUUAGUUUGCAUGCAAACACCGAACACGGCCUAGAUUUGCAAGACUUGGAAAAACACUUGUUAAUGCAACGUGAAUACUCGAGUGCCAUUAUACAAAGAAACAUGGAUGAGAAUCCUCAAAUAUCGUUUUUGGAACCUGUAGAUGUCGAUGCGCCUCCACGCAUGAUUGCAUUGGGAACGGCCGACGAAGAAUUCAGUGGCAUGGAAGCGCAGCUGGACAAUGACACAACGAAUAACGAACAACAGCAAACUGGAGCUACAUCAGCCGUAGCUAUCGGUAACGUCGGCACUUCCAUCUCAAACACCUCCUCUUUGUCAUCAACGUCUGCAACCUCUAGCUCUUCAUCGUCACCUUCCUCUUCACCUUUGUCUCCCUGCUGUACGAUCAACAGCACUAUUACCACCAGCACAACAACUACAAUAGCUACAAUGAGUGAUAUACAACAAGUUGCUUCAGCUUCACCGCAUGAUGACGAACAACUGUCUCCGUGUACGUAUGAGAGUACAAUGUCAACAUUAUUAAAAUCUCAAGCAUCCACAUCAACCACUACUACCACUACUUUAGGUUCCUUAAAUUUAGAUAAAUCAAAGACUAACAACUAUAAUAUUAGUGAUUUAGCAACAGAUAAUUUAACCACCUCUCCUACUACUACAACUACUACUACUACUACGACAAUGGCCACCUCCACUUCCUCUUCCCUAGCAAAAACAUUAUCUUUAUCAUCGACCACGGCAGGGGCAGUGGCAGCAGCAACAACAACAACAACAUCACCACCAGCACCAGCACCAACUUCAUCAUUAGCCCGGACAAGUGAGGUAGAUUUUUCGGCGUCUACCGGAAAUUUAGCAACAGAUGCUAUUAGUACUGAUAGUUUAGUUAAUAUUAAUAAGUAUAAUAAUGAUAAUUCCAACAACGAUUUCAUUGAACCUCAAACACAAGACAUCACAAACACUUCGCACUCAUCAAAUCUAAGUCCAAAAUCGCUUCAUCUGACUCCUCAUCAAGUCUCCACAAGUCUCAACACUAGCAUAAUGAGUGAUUUCUUGCAACAGCAUUUACAACGACUCUCAGCUGGUAGAGCAACGGCUGACGAAGAUUCUCAACAUAAAAACCUCGAAAAUGAUAACAUGAGCUGGUCUCAACCAACGGCGAAUACGUUUCCAUUACCUGCAACAGCCUCAAAUGCCUCAGUCGCUCAAAUAAGUUCCUUACACGCCUCAUUGGCCGCUUUAAAUUCUGAACAAAAUACUAGUAGUGUUAAGUUAAUUAGUAAGUUCCUCCAACAUCAACUAGUUGCUGCACAGCAACAACAACAACAACAGCAGCAUCAAAACCAACUCACCUCUCAUUCAUUAAAUCACGCCGAAGCGUAUCUAAAUCCAAUAUCAACCGCAGCCACGCCUAGCACCUCUGCCAUGCUUAACAUCUGUCCAGAGCAUCCCGAAUUCAAGGGUAUCGACUGCAAGACGUGUGAAAUGUUAGAAGCUCAUCAAACCUAUAAAUCAUCGCCACAAGUAACACCUCAACGUUCGCCCACAAACUCUGGUAUUGCAGCAGCUGCUGCGGCCGCUGCAGCCGCAGCCGGCCUUGGUCUGCUAUCGGCUGCCAAUCAACUUUCCAUGUCACCAAAUCACUCGCUAAAUACCAACAAUUUUCCACCGGGUCUUAAUGUGUCCCUCAACACGCCGCCUCUCAAUAAUCCCGGAAGUGCGGCCAGUUUUACCAUUGGCGCCUGUUCAGAUCAUAUCAACGGUCGUCCGUUAGGUGUCGAGUGUGCUCGGUGCGAAAUGAUUUUAAACUCUGCACGUCUUAAUAGCAACGUGCAAAUGUCAACUCGGAAUUCGUGCAAAACCCUUAAAUGUCCACAAUGCAAUUGGCAUUACAAAUAUCAGGAGACUUUGGAAAUUCACAUGCGUGAAAAACAUCCAGAUGGAGAAUCAGCAUGUGGCUAUUGUUUAGCAGGACAACAACAUCCACGAUUAGCACGUGGCGAAUCAUAUUCAUGUGGCUAUAAACCUUAUCGCUGCGAAAUUUGUAACUACUCUACCACAACCAAGGGUAAUCUCUCCAUACAUAUGCAGUCAGACAAGCAUUUAAAUAAUAUGCAAGAGUUAAAUAGCUCGCAAAAUAUGGUGGCAGCAGCUGUGGCAGUGGCCACCGGUGGUGUGGGAAAGUUGGAUACGACACCAAAGAUCAAUUUAGCCACAACCAUGGGCAGUUUGGCUUCGCAGCAGCAACAUCAGCAACAGCAACAACAACAUCAGCAGCAGCAACAACAACAACAACAGCAAGUGCAACAUACACACAGCAAUGUUGUCAACAGUAGCAGUAUUGUUGGCAAUUUGUCAACGUCAAAUUGCGCUAGCUCGUCGACCAGUUUACAAGCGGGCAAUGGCAGCAGUGGCGGAGUGGGUGGCAACAAUUCAAAUAAGCCAAAGCCCUCAUUUCGUUGUGAUAUUUGCAGUUAUGAGACAUCGGUGGCGCGAAAUUUACGCAUUCACAUGACCAGUGAGAAGCACACGCACAACAUGGCUGUGUUGCAAAACAACAUAAAACACAUUCAGGCUUUGACAUUUUUACAACAACAGCAGCAGCAACAACAACAGCAAACCCAGCAACAGCUCCAACAGGGUAACAACUUUAUGCCUGAAGUAGCUAUGGCCGAUUUGGCAUACAAUCAGGCUCUUAUGAUACAAUUGUUGCACCAAAAUGCAGCAGCAGCGGCCGCACAGGCUCAAACUCAAGCGCCCGGACAAAGCCCUCUACCCGGCAGUUCGCCAGCUUUAUUGUCGGGCAACAAAGCUGGCAUUAAACUGCAGGCCACCUCUCCACCUGCUGCAAGUGAAAUAUCAACCUCACCUUAUUCGCCAAAAUCAAAUGAUUUAAGCUCGUCUGAUCUGACCACCGGCAAUAUGGAGCCUCCCAUUAAGCCGGACUUGUGGCCGACCACUUUAUUCAGUUGUCUGGUCUGUAGCAAUUUCAACACAAACAGUCUGGAUGAACUUAAUCAGCACUUGGUGAUCGAUCGUUCACGCCAAACUACUCCUACCGCCAACUCGACGAGAUCAAUGUCGCCCACAGCCAGCAGCAUAUCUAUAAAUCCAUGUAGCAGCUCGUCGGGCUCGACAUACUUUUCCGACAUUAUGAUCUUUCAAAAUAACAAUUACAUUUGUCGCUUGUGUAACUACAAAACCAACCUUAAAGCCAACUAUCAGUUGCACAGCAAGACGGACAAACAUUUGCAGAAAUUAAAUUUUAUCAAUCACUUGCGUGAGGGAGGUUCAUCCAACGAGUACAAGCUGAAAUACUAUCAACAGCAACAACAACAAAUUGGUGCCAAUACAGUGCAAAUCAAAUGCAACUCUUGUGAUUUCUACACAAAUUCCAUACAAAAGUUGUCGCUGCACACGCAGCAUAUGAGGCAUGAAACCAUGAUAAUGAUAUUCCAACACUUGAAUUACUUGUUGCAACAGCAGCAGCAGCAACAGACCUGUAGUAGUAGCUGUGGUGCGGAUGACUCCUCUACAAACAUUAACAGUGAAACGGCGCCACUAAGUCUGGUAGAUGGUGGCAGUACACCAACAUCAUCAGCAACACCAACAACAGCAGAUGCAUCGUCAUUAUUAUUAUCUUCAUCGUCAUCAUUAGCAGUAACAGCAACAGCCAAACCAGCAUCAGCCAUUCGCUGCAACAAAUCUCUGCUCUGUCAUCUGUGCAACUUUAAAGCCAAUUCAUUGCUUGAAAUGAUACAACAUGUGAAGAGUAUACGUCAUUUGCAAGUUGAACAAUUUGUUUGUUUGCAAAGACGCAGCGAACAACUGGAGACACCCAGCCUUGAUGAUGUAUUUAAGUUGUGCAAUAAAUCUCAACGCAACAACGAUUCAACAACACCAACAAGCUCAACCCCAACUCAUACUUCUAACAUAAUCGAUAAUAAGACGUCAUCGGCCUGUUUUACCAAUUUUAUUGAAUCAGAAAAUGAAGAUUUUUCAAAUAAAAUGUUCUACGAGCACAAUGAUGAGUGUGAAAGUAUAACAAAUUUGGAUAACAUGGGUAAUCUUAAGCCAUCGGCUCAUUUAGCCCAUCCGCAUCAAAAUAUUGGUAAACCAUUAACCAUUACAGAGGAAUCAGACAAUGUCGCGCCCAGUAAAAUACCAGCCAUAAUUUACAAGUGUAAUAACUGUGACUUCUUUGGGCAAAUGAAACAAGAAGUUGAAGCACAUAUCGAGAGCACUCAUCCCAAUGCAGAUAGUAGUGAUGUCAUAAGUAUACCUACGAAUCCAGUAGCAAUUCAGGCAUUUCAAGCUGCUAUGGCGGCUGCUACUUUGGCAGCCGUUAGUCGAGCUUCGAAAACAUCUCACACUCCCUCGCCAACGGCGUCGCCAAACCUGUCACAGACAAAAGUAAAUCCGGCUGGACACGAUAAUGAAGAUGACCUCUGUCCAGUUGCCGUUAAACGGGAACGUCUUGAUAUAUUAGAUCCAGAAAUUUUGCCAGAAGAAUCAGCAACUGCAUUAACUGAGCCAAGUACACCUAUGGAAAUCGUGGAGCAACAAGAUGCUCCUGGUCAAGCUAAACAAAAUAAUGGUGUACAGUGUCCCUUGUGCCAAGAUUACUUCUUGGAAAAACAUGCAUUGGAAGUACACUUGAUGACUGUACAUAGUGUAAAUAGAGACGGCUUAGCACGUCUUUUGCUGCUGGUAGACACAAGUUUGUGGCAAAAUGAAGAAACUCCCAUUACAAAUCGCCCACAGUCUGCUGCUGGCGAUGCUGCAUCUUCUUCUUCUUCAUCAAGCAAAGCCAUAAGUGACACAAAUAUGUCACCGGGAACUAAGCCUCCGCUAACCGGCUAUGAACUGUUAUUGUGUCAACAGUGCGGUUCCAGUUUUAAGCACGAACAGCAGUUAUUGCAGCACGCACAAAAAAUGCAACACUACACUAUGCAAAAUGGUGAAUAUCUCUGUUUAGCAUUCAAUUCAGUGAGGAAUCCCUGUAAAAUGCACUAUCCCACCCUUACGGCCAUGUUCAAUCACUAUAAUGACUCUCAUAUGAGAUUGGUAAUAUCCGAACGGCACGUUUAUAAGUAUCGCUGUAAACAGUGUUCUUUGGCGUUUAAAACUCAAGAGAAACUAGCUACUCAUACUCUUUAUCAUACAAUGCGUGAUGCCACGAAAUGCUCUAUGUGCCAACGAAACUUUCGCAGCACUCAAGCGCUGCAGAAGCACAUGGAACAGGCCCAUAGUCAAACAACAUCAACAGGUAGCAAUUUGGAAUGUGCUAGUCCACGAACAGUGUCACCAUGUGGCAGUGAAACAGAAAGACCAGUUCCCGAAACUAGUCGCACAACCAGUACAACCAGUGAUAAAUUCGAUAAUGAAUCAAAUAGAUCAAUUACACCCGGACAAGAGCAAUGUCCGCCAACCCAAUCGCCCAGUUCAACACAAAACGAACCACAAAAUUCCCCGUCACCGUCAACACAACAACGCCAACAGAUGUCCACCAUAACGGCUUUAAUUAACCAACAACAACAACAACAACAAAGUGCAUCACCCUCUGAGCUGUUGCAUCAUUUACAAAUGCAACAUCAACAAUUCAAUCAAAACCUUCCGGCUUUACACAACCUCCAACAGAUGCAACAACAGUUACCCCAAUUUGCUGCUGCCGUUGCUGCCUCUGGCAUGCCUAUAAACCCAGUCGAAAUGUUGAAUCUCAUGCAAUUCCACCAUCUCAUAUCCUUAAAUUUUAUGAACUUGGCACCUCCUCUAAUAUUUGGCGGCAAUUCUGCGCCAGCAUCCUCAUCCGUUGCCACUCCAAAUACCACAAACCCCACAAAUAUGGCCAACAUCAAUGUCCCACAGCCUCCAACUCACAUUACUCCAACAACAGAUCUUACAACGUCCGUAUCAUCCACCUCGAACUCUAAUGUAACACCGUCAUCUGUACCAGCUCUACCAAACGUCGAUGUAACGGCUCAAAUAUUGCAACAACAGCAGAUUUCUCCAGGUGCCUCGAAUUCACAGCUGCUUAACAAUCAAAAGCGUGCGCGCACCCGUAUUACAGACGAUCAGCUGAAAAUUUUACGCGCUCAUUUUGACAUAAAUAAUUCGCCCAGUGAGGAGAGCAUUUUGGAAAUGUCUCAAAAAGCUAAUUUGCCAAUGAAGGUUGUUAAACAUUGGUUUCGUAACACAUUGUUUAAGGAGCGUCAACGUAAUAAGGACUCACCCUAUAACUUCAACAAUCCACCUUCAACUACAUUCAAUUUAGAAGAAUAUGAGCGUACUGGUCAAACGAAAGUAAUGCCUCUCACAGACAUACAGCAACAGCAGCAGCAACUACAGAUACCAUCUCGUCCGUCAUCUGCCCAUUCGAUCAGUAAUAUCAGUGAAUAUUCCAACCAACAGCAACAGUUGGAACAUAAACAACAGUUGGAACAUAAACAAAGAGAAGAAGUUGAGAUAUUACGUUCUCAGGCUUCAAGUGAGGCAAGUUCAACAUUCCCUUUAGAUGUACAAAUAAAAACAGAACCUGGUGAAGAUUUAACAACUAACGCAACUUCGAUCUCCGUUGAUAGUCCAGCAGCUGCGGCUAUGACAACAUUUCUAAAGCAACAGCAACACCAACAACAAAAGCUACGUUUUUCUAGCGUCGAGCAACAAGAACACGACUUGAUGCUGUCCGAGCAACAUUUGUCUUCAGCGGCCGCUGCUGCAGCUCAACAGCAACAUGCUGCGGCUGUAGCUGCUGCCUCAUUUUACAAUAGCUAUGAAACCAAAUCGGAAAGUGAGAGCUCCGACAUGCAUUCCCGACCACACACACCGAACAGCAACACGACCUCGAAUUUAUAUGCCAGUAUGAACGACUUGCUAAGCCAACAGUUGGAAAAUAUGCCACUAAAUCAAAUGGGUCCGCCAAAAAAGUUUCAACUAAUCCCAAACUCGAAUCCAUGCAGUGCUACAAGCGACCGUUCAACAAUUCAUAAUCAGGUCGGAGUUGGUCCCACAAGUAGCGGCAGUAGUACUCUUGGCAGUGCUGGAACAGGUGGCAUUACAGUCAGCAGUAAAUUAUUUGAGAAACACUCGCCCUCGGCCCAGUACGACACCAAUUCAAAUUCAUCAAAUUCUUCGACAACCUCAAGCGGCAAGAGAGCAAAUCGCACACGUUUCACCGACUAUCAAAUCAAGGUCUUGCAAGAGUUCUUCGAGAACAAUUCCUAUCCCAAGGAUAGCGACUUGGAGUAUUUAAGCAAAUUAUUAUUGCUAUCGCCGAGAGUUAUCGUAGUGUGGUUUCAAAAUGCCCGCCAAAAACAGCGUAAAAUCUAUGAAAAUCAACCAAACAACUCAUUGUAUGAGUCCGAGGAGAAGAAACAAAACAUAAAUUAUGCUUGCAAGAAAUGCAGUUUGGUAUUUCAGCGGUAUUACGAACUGAUACGGCAUCAAAAGAAUCAUUGCUUUAAGGAAGAGAAUAACAAGAAAUCAGCCAAAGCUCAAAUAGCAGCAGCUCAGAUAGCACAAAACCUGAGCUCAGAAGAUUCCAAUUCAUCAAUGGACAUUAACAGUGCAGCCGCAGCAGCUCUUUUGGCUCAACAUCAACAUCCGGUUGUGGGAGUAGCGGCCGCCGCUGGUUUGGGUAAAAACACACCAACACCCGGAGAGUUUAGUCCAAUACCCAGUAAUGCAACUACACCACCUAGAGAUCAGGGCAAUAGCAAUAAUAGCGAGCAUCAGAAAUAUGUUUGUGACAAAUGCAAAUUAACCUUUACGCACUUCGAUCAUUUGCGCGAACAUCAACUAAUGCAUUUGGUGAAACCGAAUUUACAUUUGCCAACUGAAGCCCAUCCAACAGCCAGUGCCGCCGCGGCCGUUGCUGCCUAUGGUCCCUUUGGAAGCAUAUUACAAAGUCUUCAACAGGCGGCUCAUCUACAGCAGGCGGCGGCAGGUAAUACGACAACCCUACCACCAGCUGCCAAGAAGCGCAAAUACUCAGAGACGUCAUCGAAUGCAGAUGAUGUGUCCUCGCUAGGCGGCUUCUCUCUGACAGGAGCCGAUUAUGAUAGCCAUGCCAAAAAGAAUAAUUUUUUAUACCAAUAUUUUCUGCAAAAUGAGGGCAACUCGGAGUUGCGACAACAGUUUCACAAUCAGGACAGCGCCGAGUUGAACAUGGAAUUUCUAGCCAACUACUAUCAGAAGACGGAGCUCAAGAAGCGCAAUAACUAUGACUUUCUAUUUCAAUACUACAUGAGAAAUGAACAACAAACAAAUGCAAACUUUGAACUGGCCGACGAUAAGCCCAAUAUAGAAUUUCUAUUACAAUAUUAUCAACUGUGUGAAUCGAAAAAGUUUUUUCAAUUAGAGGCCUCGCCCCAGCGAAUAGAUGAUGGACCGUUAAUGCAGGGUGGUAUCGAUACUGCCCAACACAACACCAACAGCAGCCGUCCUGCCUCGAAUGGCAGCGAUCGCAGCACCAGCAGCCCUGGCGGUAGUGGUAUUAAUGAGGAGAGUAAUGGGGUUGGGGUGGUUAAUAAUAUUGAAAACGAACACUCUCCUCCGCUCAUGUCUACCUACAAUACUGAGCACAAACUGCGAUCAAACGGUCAGCACUGCAAUAACAGCAACAACAAUAACGAUUUGUUGACAACAAACAUUGAGCUGAACAAUCAUAAUUUUUGCCAAACUACCAAUAGAAAUGAUGGCUUAAGCAGCAGUCAUACUUCCAAACUAGAAGAACAAAUGGACCAAUUAGAUGGCUUGCAAGAGGUAAAUAAUCAAUCCAAUUUAAAUACUGCUGCUACUGCUGCUGCAACAACACAACCAGACUCUCCUCAUAUGACAUCAGAAACAUCGGGAGGUGUGGGUAGUUACUACCAAAAUUUGGAAGAUUUUCUGGAUGCCACCCUGAUAGAAAACCACAAUCAAACACUUACCUUCCCCACGGAAUCAAAUAACCUAACAGAUAACACGAAAAUAACAAAAUCUGAAUCAACAACAGCACCCAACUGUGUUGUAUCAUCAAUACAAGCGAUGGACGAUGCUGCGACCUGCGCAUCAAACACUCCCGAUAACUCUAAUCACUCCAAACAUACAAAUAAACGCUUACGCACUACAAUUUUACCAGAACAAUUGAAUUUUUUAUAUGAAUGCUAUCAGAAUGAAUCGAACCCCAGUCGUAAAAUGUUGGAGGAAAUCGCCAAGAAAGUCAAUCUUAAAAAACGUGUUGUACAAUAAUUUGAAGCUGAGUUAAAAAAGAAAACGUUUAUUGUCAUCUUCUGACCUGGAACAAUUUGACAAUUGCUAAUUUAUUUAUUUGUAGUUGUAAUUUUUAUUUUUAUUUUAAUUAUUAAAUAUUAUUAUUUUAUUUUUAGUUGUGUAAUGUUGUAAUAAUAACUUUGUCGAAUUCGAAAUAUUGACAAACAAAACCAUAAGUAAAUUCAGUCCAAACAUUUGAUAUCCUGGAUAUACGAAUAUUUCUAAAUACGCAGCAGAUUCAAUGGUUUUAUAUAAUAAAACGAAUUUACGUUCCUUUAUAAAUAGCACCACGUUGCCUUAAAUUUUUUAGUUUUUUUAUUUGUUUUUUUUUUUCUUUAUUAUUAAGUAUUAGACGUUAGAUAGAAUAUUUCCAUUACCAAAAUGUAUUCUCAAUAAAAAUCAUAUUUGAAUAUCUUCGAACGUUAGGU